AUGGUCGAUUCAUGGCUCCAGGCCGUGAAGGAUGGAGUUCAGAAUGCGGUAGCUUCGUCGACGUCAAGCAUGCCAGAGACAUCCGCCAUGCCGUCUCUCCGCACAAUUAGCAAGCUCGCUCUCGGCGGCGCCCAAGUGCUGCUUGGUGGUGGAGAGAGAGCAGUAGGCGGUUAUACACAAUCAUGCCCCCUACCGCAGUUGAGCUGCCACAACACUACUGUCGUAGAGAACCUGUGUUGCUUCAACGCACCGGGUGGACAGCUCCUGCAGACGCAGUUCUGGGACACACAUCCCGUCACCGGACCCGAGGAUAGCUGGACGCUCCACGGACUAUGGCCAGAUCGUUGCGACGGCUCUUUUGAAGCAAACUGCGACCCCUCGCGCGCUUACAACAACAUCUCCUCCAUCCUCACAUCGUUCAACGCAACCGACCUGCUCACCUUCAUGCACACAUACUGGAAAGACUAUCAAGGCGACGAUUUUCUUUUCUGGACCCAUGAGUGGUCUAAACAUGGUACAUGUAUCAGCACGCUGAAUCCAGAGUGCUACCCCGACCACCGCGCCACCGAAGAAGUCGUCGACUACUUCCAACGCGCCGUCGACCUCUUCAAAACCCUACCCAGCUACGACUGGCUCAAAGCCGCGGGUAUCGAACCCAGCUUCGACAAAACAUACACCUUCCAGGCCAUCCAAGACGCGCUCGCCGUCAACAGACCCGGCGUCGAAGUCACCCUCGGAUGCAAGUACGGCCGCCUGAACGAGAUCUGGUACCACUUCGAUGUCCGCGGCUCGCUGCAGACGGGCGACUUCGUCCCCGCGGAUCCAGACGGCACAAAGUCCUCUUGCCCGAAGUCCGGCAUCAAGUAUCUGCCCAAGGUCCGCCGCACGGGGCCUCCGGGGACGACAACGACUGUCGGCGUUCCGGGUCCGACACACUCAUCCGUGCCCGGCAAACCGUUCACUGGCCGCGGACAUUUGAACGUCGAGGUCAAUGGCAAGAAGACGGGGUGUGUCAUCGGGAAGGGGACGUGGUAUACUUCGGGUACUUGUGCGACGUUCACUGCGACGGAAGUCGAUAACGGAUUUACCCUCACAUCGUCCAAGGGUAAAUGCGGGAUCGUGUCCGGAGUGUUGACGUGCAACAACGGCGUGACGUACGCCACGGGGUUCACGAACGUGGAUGGCAAUUUGGCCGUAGGUGGGAACGCGGUGUGGAGUGCGGACAAUGUUGCGAAGCGAUAUACGCAGGAGAAGAUCUAUGCUGGUAACGGACAUUCAGAGAAGAUUAGUAUUGAAUGGCAGGGGGCUUGA